AUGCAGGGCUCCGCGGCGCUCGUGCCCCUCCUGGCCGCCGCCGCCCUGGUCGUCCUGGCCCUUCUCACCGCGGGCCCCUGGAGGCCGCCCGACGGCCGGGUGCCGCCGAGCUUGAUGCGGGAGCUGGCGCGGCGGCAGCUGGAUCUGAGCCGCUUGGCAGCCUCCGCCAGGGCGCGCAACGCCUCGGCCGCUCCCGCGGGGCGCGCGGCGGCGGGCGCGCUGGGCUGCGCCGAGCUGAGCGGCGCGGUGGGCGCGAGCCUGGUGGGCGCCGGCAUCACCAAGCUGGUGCGGAAGGCCGCUCUGUCGCCCGGCGGGGAGGAGGUGGCCCUGAAGUCCGUGCACUGGGCCGGCGGCGACGUGAGCCGCUGCGUGCAGCGCCACGGACACCCGGAGGGCUGCUCCCGGCUCGCCUCGUACAAGCUGCUGAAGGAGGCGGUUUUGCUAGAGCGCCUCGAUCAUCCCGGCAUCGUCAAGUUGCGUGGUCGAUGCUAUGCAAGAAGCUUAGAUUUUGAAAUGAGAGUGGUCACCAUGCUGGAGUUAGGAACACCACUGGAGAUGAUUCCGCUUCUGCAGACCCCCUGGGAAGAGAGAUUUAAAAUUUGCCUAGAGCUGGUAGAGCUGCUUUAUUACUUGGCACAUUCUCCUCUGGGCUCCAUUGUCCUCCUGGAUUUCCAGCCUCGGCAGUUUGUGAUGGUGAAGGGUGUCCUGAAAGUUACAGACCUGGAUGAUGUGAGCACUGAAGAAUUGUCCUGCAGGGCCAACAGGGACUGCACUCUGGAAUUCCCCACAAGAAGCUUCAUUUUCCCAUGUGGCACACAUGGGAAGUGUGAAGGGAUGAAUGAGAAAAGGAAUCUCUUCAAUGCGUACCGGUAUUUCUUCAUGUACCUCUUGCCUCAUUUGGCACCAGUCACUUUGCAACCCAUUCUGGCGAAUAUCUUGAAUGCCACAGGUGAUUUGCGAUAUGGAGCAAGAGAAACCCGGAGAGCUUUCCAGAAAGUUUUGCAUUUGUACAAGUCUGGACUUUACCUGCAGAAAAAGCCCUCUCCUUUAAAAGAAUACAUUGCCUUAAAGGGAUUCCAUCACACGGAUGCAGAGGACUACAAGUGCUGGCCAUCCUAUAGCCGUUUGGGAUGUAUGAUCUCUGUUCACAACACAGAGGAAGCAGCGUCCAUUUGCAGUUCACACCCCCAGUGUCAGCGUUUUAUCAUCACCCCAGAGAGGACAUGGACAGGACGUCCACUUGCUUUGUUUCGAAGUAACAUCACUGAAUUAAUUCCAGGCGGCAACCUGGUGGUUUACGUCAAACGAGCCACAGCCGCAAGGGGAAGUCUCUGACAGGGAGUUUGAGCGAGCAGAGAAUCUUUGGACAAGGAAUAUUGAAGAAUGGCUCCUAGGACUAACCUCACUCUCUCCAAGGGAUGACACACUUUAUUGCUGCUGUGGGGUGUUUCUCAGUACUGGGGGAAGUUUCAUCUGAGUCAAAGGGUGCCAAUUUAAUGAUCAAAGCAAGGCUUCCCUGCGUAAGAUGUCAGUCAACCCAGAUUUACUUUGCCAAGUGGUUUAUUUGUUCCCAGUCUCAAGGAUUAUAUAUGAGCAUCAUCUAAUUUCAGCCAUCCCUGGGAUUUGCAGUGGAUUGUUGCUUGCUCCAUCAAGAAGCCAAUUUGGCAGCAAAGCAAUGGACAUUUCCUUGUUCUAUGAGUUCAGGAUGGUUGCGACAAUCCAGCUGAAAUUAUGGGUACACGCAUGGAACCGGGAUCUCUGCACAUAUUCUGUUCCUAGCUGCUUUGCCCAAUAAGACAAACUUUUCGCCCAAUGAAUGUUUGGAAAAUAGAUCCUGAAAGGGCCAUUCUCAAAGAGCUGAUGGAUGCUUUUGGAAGUGCCCAUGGAGACAAACCUACUUUCUUUUUGUCUUGUCAGGUUGGCUUUCUUUGAAGGCGUAACAGACAAAUUCACUGUGUUUGUUUUGUUUUUUUUGUUUAGUUACAUCAGAUCUUCAGAGAGAGAUUCACCCUCUCAAAAAUGUACAUGCCCAAGCCUGCCCUACAUGUCUUUCCAGAUUCUUACUUGCAGACUCCCCUAGUUCCCUUUUAAAGACAUCCAGACUAUAUCACCUUUUGGGGAAGAAGGAUAAGGUGUGUCUUUUGCCAAGAUUACCUUCUAUGCCUCCAGCUAGUUCCUAGGCAUGGUGGACCAUUUACCUGUAUGUUCCCUAACAAAAGAUGUGCCUGGUACACUUUGGCUCUGACCCUUCAAGGAAAUUUCCAGUGGACCUCUAGACCUCAUUAACUCUUUCCUGUCGAAACCCCCAAUAUACUGGGAACCCUAGUUACUGUGGAACAGCUAAUAUUUAUUUUGCAGGAGGGACAGGUAUUUAUUUAAGGAUGCAAAGUCCCAGGUGAUGCAGCUUUUUGGAAAGCUUUGUAUCAACCUUGAAGGUUUUCCAGAGUUACUUUCAGUGAAAGAAAUCCUGCUGAGCAAAGAGUUCAGCUACUGAUGUACCAAAGUUUAUAAAGUUUUGACCCUUUCUACUCUGAAAA